CGAAGUGCUUCUCUUGCGGAACACAUCUCGCCCGUCUCUGUGUUUUUCUGGACUUCUUACUGCACCUGUGGGGUCUACCGCCCCCUCCAUCGCGGUGAUGGAUGUACAACACCCCGAGGAUCCUCCCGGUUCCCGUUCACCCGCGGACAUCGGUUCGAGGAAGCGAGGAAGUACGUCAAGUGGUAGCGAGGACACAGAGCUGUACUGCGCAUCAGGUGACGAGUCCUCGGAGGACAGCUUUCGACUUGUCCAGUACCGCAAGGCCAAACGAAGAAUUAUCAACUCAUCUUCGGCGUCCAGCUCGAACACUGUGAAAACAGCUCCUCAGCGAUGGCCUCACUCCAUCCUGUUUGUGCCACAGAACGCUACCGACAACCUGCGCGUCCUCAACAGGCAAGCACUCUCCGUGUAUCUAGAGAACACCGUGCCAAAUGAGAUCAAGGAUGUCAGGAUAAAUACUAGACGAAACAUCCUGGCAAUCGAUGUGAUGAACCCGAGUGCACUGACCAUACUACAACAUGUAACGCAGCUGGGAAACAUCAAGGUCCGAUCCAUCGUGCCAACGAAUGGUGCCACAAUAACUGGAGUCAUCUAUGACAUUGACAAUGAAAUAUCUAAUGCAGACCUCCCAAUUCUCAUAAAACCAGCAAGCGAACACAACGUGAUUGUGCAUGUUGGUCGCCUCGGCAACACACGUUAUGUGAAGAUAACCUUCAAAGGCGACUGCCUUCCACCCUACGUGAAGGUCGGCCACUUUCGCCACCAGGUUCGACCAUUUAUUCCAAGACCAAUGCAAUGCUUCAAUUGUCAGAAGAUUGGACAUGUGAAGGGUGUUUGCAGAAAUUCGGCCGUGUGCCCUCGAUGUGCCGAACCCCACUCAGAAGACAACUGCAGCGCAACCACGUUCAAGUGUCCUAACUGUCAAGGUGAUCACUGCGCCUCUUCCAAAGACUGUCCCCAGAUCAAGAAAGAGUUCACCAUUCUUAAGCAAAUGGUGAGAGAUAACUCUACCCACAAAGAGGCCGCUGUGAAAGUACGGCGAAGACGACGUCACCGACAACGGUCUUCACGGCGGAAAACAUCAAGCUUUCAGGAAAAGUCCCCUCGUCAAGCAUCAUCAUCAGCGGACGUUUCCAGCACUCCGAUCACCAAUGUUGGAAGGGAGCGAACUGCCAGAUCUCUCUCCACAAAGGAAUGGCCGCCACUUCCGCGUACACGACCGCCAGAAGAGCCGCAGAAGAAGCCGCCCCCAGUACAGCAAGUGGUAGACGCUGGCCCCUGGGUGCCAGCCGCAAAGACCCAUGGGACAGCUCACUCUUCUCCGCUUAGCUGACCUCAGCCGAAGACAACGACGCGUGUUCCUUGACCGCCUCGCUGCCCACAGCGUACAGGUACCGUGUGCGUGUCAUGUGGUCGUUAUACGGCUUCGUCCCGUCCCCCGCCUCUCCAGGGUCCUGUGUUCUCGGCCCCUCCUUCGAGGCAAUAAAGCCUGGCAAGCGCCAUC